GAAAAAAGGACAAAGCGUUCCAACGGAGACACCCUCAGCUUCAACCACCAAACAUCGUCACACAUCCUGAUUCCUGACAAUGUCUGAUAUGCCAGGCAUAAAGUGGGAAGACUUGCUCAGGCUGGGAGGGGAAGAGGAAGAAGAGGAAGAAGAAGCGUGUCCGGAGAUCCGGAUUGUCCUCCUCGGGGAUCUUGGGACUGGGAAGAGUGCUUCGGGAAACACCAUCUUAGGAAGAGCAGCCUUCCACUCAGCAUCAUCUCCAUCGGCGGUGACCUUGACGUGCCAGCGAGAGGCUGGGCACUUCCUCAGCCAGCAGCUGGUGGUGGUGGACACGCCCGGCGCGCUGGACCCCAGCAGCCAGGAGGCGGACCGCUGCGUCAGCUUGGCGGGACCCGGCCCCCAUGUCUUCAUGCUGGUCCUGGAGCCCCGGAGGUUCACAGAAGAAGACAAGAGGAAGGCGGAGUCCCUCCUGAGGGCCUUUGGAGAAGAAGCCUUUCAUUACACCAUGGUGCUGUUCACCCACGGAGACCAGCUGAGGGCCCGAGGAGUCUCCAUCCAGACCUUCGUCAGCCAGAGCGCCGUGCUGCGUGGCUUCCUGCGUAAGUGUGGAGGAAGAUUCCACGUCCUCAACAACAUGAGCUUCUCUCGCGCUCAGGUCCGAAACCUGCUGAGGAAGAUCCGCUGGAUGAUACAGAGCAACGGAGGAGCCUUCUCCAUCAGCAGCAUGCCAAGAGGGGGCCGAGCCGUCUCCACAGGCGAUCCCGAAGAAGACCGAAGACGAGAGAUACGAGUGAUUCGAGUGAGACGAGAGGCACCGGUCUACAACAUCCACCUGACCCGGAACAUCCACAUUCAUAAUCCGCCUCCGGAGAGACGAGGACGGAGUGCCGUGCCCUGGGCCGCCCUCGGAGGAGUUCUGGGAAUGCAGUUUGGUCCUGCAGGAGUCGCGGCGGGAUCUGUGAUCGGAAACAUGAUCGGCCUGCUGGAUGAUAGACUUUAGUAAGAACAACAGUUUACAAGAAUCAAGCCCCGAUCGACUGACGUGAGAUCCAGUUGGUAGUACGAUCCCAUCUGAGUGUGGACCACGAUCAUCCAACCUCCAGCCGACGUCCAUCCAUUUCAGCAGGAACGACGAGAUCUAUGACCGCUCUGUUCCAGAUGUGUCAGCUCUGUUCCAGAUGUAUAAGCUCUGUAUUAGAUCUAUGACCGCUCUGUUCCAGAUGUGUAAGCUCUGUUCCAGAUGUGUAAGCUCUGUAUUAGAUCUAUGACCACCCUGUUCCAGAUGUGUAAGCUCUGUUCCAGAUGUGUAAGCUCUGUUCCAGAUGUGUAAGCUCUGUUCCAGAUGUGUUGGCUCUAUGGACACACAUUUCUACCUCUGUGUCAUAAUUCUUAUCACUAAUUCUUAUCAGUAAUUCUUAUUAAUUGAAGUGACUCAUUUGCAAAUG